GGGCCGCACGCCCGCCCGCCUCGGCGGCUGGGCGCGGUUUGCGACGGUGGGGGGGCCGGAGGAGGCGGUAGUGGUGGAGGAGGAGGAGGAGGAGGCGGCGGCGGCGGCGGCUUUGCGGCCGGCGCGGGCCGGGCUUGCUUGACGGCGGUGUGGCGGAGGCCGCGGCCGAGGCGGCAGGAGCCCGGAGGGAGGCGCAGGAACAUGUCCGAGAGGGAAGUCUCGACAGCGCCGGCGGGAAGCGACAUGCCUGCAGCCAAGAAGCAAAAGCUGAGCAGCGACGAGAACAGCAACCCGGACCUGUCCGGAGACGAGAACGAUGAUGCUAUCAGUAUAGAAAGUGGCCCUAACACUGAACGACCUGAUACUCCAACAAAUACCCCAAAUGCCCCUGGAAGGAAGAGUUGGGGAAAGGGAAAAUGGAAGUCAAAGAAGUGCAAAUACUCUUUCAAAUGUGUAAAUAGUCUCAAGGAAGACCACAACCAACCAUUAUUUGGAGUACAGUUUAAUUGGCACAGUAAGGAAGGUGAUCCCUUAGUUUUUGCAACUGUAGGGAGCAACAGAGUUACACUAUAUGAAUGUCACUCACAAGGAGAAAUCCGAUUAUUGCAGUCUUAUGUGGAUGCUGAUGCUGAUGAAAACUUUUAUACUUGUGCAUGGACUUAUGAUAGCAAUACAAGCCAUCCUCUCUUAGCUGUGGCUGGAUCUAGAGGCAUAAUUAGGAUAAUUAAUCCCAUAACAAUGCAAUGUAUAAAGCACUAUGUUGGCCAUGGAAAUGCUAUUAAUGAACUGAAAUUUCAUCCAAGAGAUCCAAAUCUUCUCCUAUCAGUAAGCAAAGAUCAUGCUCUGAGACUGUGGAACAUCCAGACAGACACACUGGUUGCAAUAUUUGGAGGUGUAGAAGGGCACAGAGAUGAAGUUUUAAGUGCUGACUAUGAUCUUCUUGGUGAGAAAAUAAUGUCUUGUGGAAUGGAUCACUCUCUGAAACUCUGGAGGAUCAAUUCAAAAAGAAUGAUGAAUGCAAUUAAGGAUUCUUAUGACUAUAACCCAAAUAAAACUAACAGGCCAUUUAUUUCUCAGAAAGUUCAUUUCCCUGACUUUUCAACCAGAGAUAUACAUAGGAAUUAUGUUGAUUGUGUGCGAUGGUUAGGAGAUCUGAUACUUUCCAAGUCUUGUGAAAAUGCCAUUGUGUGCUGGAAACCUGGCAAAAUGGAAGAUGAAAUAGACAAAAUUAAACCUAGUGAAUCAAAUGUGACUAUUCUUGGGCGAUUUGAUUAUAGUCAGUGUGAUAUUUGGUACAUGAGAUUUUCAAUGGAUUUUUGGCAGAAGAUGCUUGCACUGGGCAAUCAAGUUGGCAAACUUUAUGUUUGGGAUUUAGAAGUAGAAGACCCUCAUAAAGCCAAAUGUACAACACUUACUCAUCCAAAAUGUGUUGCUGCCAUUAGACAAACCAGUUUUAGCAGAGAUAGCAGUAUUCUUAUAGCUGUUUGUGAUGAUGCUAGCAUUUGGCGCUGGGAUAGACUUCGAUAAAUUACUUUUUCUUAAUUGAAAGUAGAAAAUUUCUGUGUACAAUAUAAUCUCCUACAGUGUCUUGCUAGUAAAAGCACCUAGAGCAUCGCUAGCAUUUAGAGUUGUGUUGUCUUCUUCCAGUGUACAAUCAGCCUGAGCUGAACGUAGUGAUGUUUACAUUGUUUACAUUCUUUGUACUGUCUUCCUGCUCAGACUCUACAGCUUUUAAUAAAAAUUUAUUUUUGUAAA